AGUUUGGCUGUGGGCCCACAUCGAAGGAGUGAGGGCAGAGGAUGGAGAGAAAGCUGGGGACUCAGAAAACCAUGCCCUGCCUGAAAGUCCUCCCUGAAAGCCAGAAAGACUUGCUCUAACGGAGUCUCAACAGCUGCCUGGUGAUUCCUUUUUCAACCCCUCUGAGUGAGCAACAAUCCAACAUGAACUACAGUCUCCAGUUGACCUUCGUGUGUCUGUGUCUCUUCACUCAGAGGUUGUGUGUCCAGGGGAGUCAGUUUAACAUCGAGAUCAGCCGAAGUGACAAGUUUUCCCUGCCUGGCUUUGAGAACCUCACAGCAGGAUAUAACAAGUUUCUCAGGCCCAAUUUUGGUGGAGAACCAGUUCAGAUCGCACUGACUCUGGACAUUGCAAGUAUUUCUAGUAUUUCAGAGAGUAACAUGGACUACACGGCCACCAUUUAUCUCCGACAGCGCUGGACGGACCAGCGGCUGGUGUUUGAAGGCAAUAAGAGCUUCACUCUGGAUGCUCGUCUCGUGGAGUUCCUCUGGGUGCCAGACACCUACAUCGUGGAGUCAAAGAAGUCCUUCCUCCAUGAAGUCACUGUGGGAAACAGGCUCAUCCGUCUUUUCUCCAAUGGCACGGUCCUGUAUGCCCUUAGAAUCACAACAACUAUUGCGUGUAACAUGGAUCUGUCUAAAUACCCCAUGGACACACAGACAUGCAAGUUGCAACUGGAAAGCUGGGGCUAUGAUGGCCAUGACGUGGAGUACACCUGGCUGAGAGGGAACGACUCUGUGCGUGGGCUGGAAAACCUGCGUCUUGCUCAGUACACCAUACAACGGUAUUUCACCUUAGUCACCAGAUCGCAGCAGGAGACAGGAAAUUACACACGACUGGUUUUGCAAUUUGAGCUUCGGAGGAAUGUCCUGUAUUUUAUUUUGGAAACCUACGUUCCUUCCACUUUCCUGGUGGUGUUAUCCUGGGUUUCAUUUUGGAUCUCCCUCGAUUCAGUUCCUGCAAGAACCUGCAUUGGAGUGACCACUGUGUUAUCAAUGACCACACUGAUGAUUGGGUCCCGCACUUCUCUUCCCAACACCAACUGCUUCAUAAAGGCCAUCGAUGUGUACCUGGGGAUCUGCUUUAGCUUUGUGUUUGGGGCCUUACUGGAAUACGCAGUCGCUCACUACAGCUCCCUACAGCAGAUGGCAGCCAAAGAUAGGGCACCAGCGAAGGAAGUGGAAGAAGUCAAUAUUACUAACAUCAUCAACAGCUCCAUCUCCAGCUUCAAACGGAAGAUCAGCUUUGCGAGCAUUGAAAUUUCCGGCAAUAACGUAGACUAUAGUGACUUGACAAUGAAAACCAGUGACAAGUUCAAGUUUGUCUUCCGAGAAAAGAUAGGCAGGAUUGUUGAUUAUUUCACAAUUCAAAACCCCAGUAAUGUGGAUCGAUAUUCCAAACUACUCUUUCCUUUGAUUUUUAUGCUGGCCAAUGUAUUUUACUGGGCAUACUACAUGUAUUUUUAAGACAACAUGGAAUUUUUGGCAUGCCAUAUGUCUUUAGCAGAACAAGAUAAUGUUGUUAGUGGUAUUGUAGGCAAGUGUGCAUCUUGACCCAAUGCCAAGUGACCAAAAUAACAUUUGAACAUUUCUCCUAAUACUACGGAUCCCUGACCAUUAUUCUAAGCUGUGUAGAAGUCCCAGCAUUACGAGGUCUUAUGAUAGAAACAUCAGUCCUUUCUUCUUCCAUCUUUACCAAGGACAUCCCUGUGGAGUCCAAGAUUACAAACAUACUCAGGGAUGGCUAUUUGCUCAGUGUCUCCCUGGUCUGCAUUUGCCUCAUAUUAAAAAAAGUAUAAAGGAGAUCAUCACGUGUAUUGGGUAAACUUCAAGUGUCAAGAGUUGUUUCUAAACUAAUUAUACACAUUAUUUACUAAAUCUCUGAAAUGUUUAUAAAAUAUAUUGUUAUCUAUUUGGAAAGUAACAUUUUCUAGUUUUGUGUUUUUUAUUAAAAUGAAAUGUGGGCUUAUCACUGGAAGUUAUUGUAUUUUUAAUAGGGAGCAUUAUUUAAGACCACAGCAGAAUUGUCCCCAAAUUCCAGAAAGCCCUAUCAUUGAAACUUAAAUGUAAGUGAAGAAAAGGUUAGAAGAUCAAUAAUCUAAAAUGUAUAUUUCUUAUUUCUAAGAUAAAAUGGAUCCCCAGACUAGGACUCUGAGGCUUUCUUCCUCCAUUACACAUGUCUCAUGAUUUUACGAUUGUAUGCACGUGAGUCCUAAACAAUGCUAAAGCCUUGUUAUCACAUCGCGAAUAGAAAUGGGAGAAUUCUUUUAAGACUCAUUCUAGGAGUCUUAAUAUGGACUGUUGCCAUGAAGACUUGCUCAGAAUCAAGUUCACUUUCUAGUUGCCUUUACUCAGACACUAAAAGUGCCCGGUUGACCUUGUCAGAUAGUCCCUGCCGUUCUGUCCUUUCUGCCGCUCUAGCACUGAGCAGCACAGCCCCAGAAGCAGAUUCUCUGCAACUUUCCAAGAGGAGCUUUCAUCCCUGUACCCUGAUGACCAGGAAUGAUGCUGAUUAAAUAACAAGCUGCCUUCCCCAGGGACAAGUGGCUUAGCUCAAGUAAACUUGGUCUUGCUCAGCUGUCUACUCCUUCUGGUUGACUAUCUUUGAGUGGCGUGUCCUGUGUGAGCAGGAAGGAGAAUGUUGGAUCUGAGUCCGGAACUUUCUGAGUAACAAAGGGACAUGUUACAGAACCUAUCUUCAUAUGACAGGUGAGCUGUCUUCUCCAAGGCCAGCCAGCCUCACCCUAACAUAAGAAGCACAAGUGUGCAUCACUCCUGCUCCUUAGCCCAGCUCAGCCAACACCACCAAAAGGUGGUGAUUUGUGAGUGUGCCAGGGUAAAGGCUUCCAGCUCAGCCUCGGUUAUUUUAAAGAAUCUCACUAUCUUCAAUUUCUUAGCUUCCUUUUCUAAUAAACACAUGGUUUUACCCUUCCUUUCAUAAAUAAGCCAUGACUUUAGAAGAGGGUUUUUUUUUUGUAACUCCCAUAUCUAUCCGCUCUCAUUCUUUUCCCCAUUAUGAUGCUUAUCAUAAUUCCGUUUCUGUAGGUUGAUCACCUGAUCUUUAACAAGACAUAUCUAAUGGGAAUGGGAGGAUCAAAAGAGGUGAAAUGUGGUUGUAUGAUUCAAUCAUAUUUGUGAUUUUUUUUUGAGAAAAAGUUUUAAAAGGAAAUAUCUGCUCUGAAACCUCAUGUAAGCAUAAGGACAAUUGUAAAGGUGCGGAACUGUGAAAUAAAUACACGGUAUUGCGUACCCACGAAAGCAAGU